AUGGAAACUCCAGCAGUAAAACCACGAAGAACAACAAAUGCCUCCGACGAGCAGAAAAGAUUAUUGCUGGAGUUUAUAAAAAAAAAUCCACUUUUGCUAAGUGGAAAGUUUUCGAAUUCCUUUAGUCAAAAGGAUGCACAGAACCAAUGGAACCAAAUAGCCAAUGUACUAAAUAGUUGUGGCGAUGGGGCAAAUAAAGACUGGAAAGCAUGGCGAAAGACAUGGCAAGACAUUAGAAGUAGAACAAAGGCCAAAAGUGUGCAGUACAAAAAACAUACACAAGGUACAGGGGGUGGACCACCAGUAAAAGAGGAAAAUGCAUUUGAAAAGGAAGUAAUGGAAACAAUCACAGUAAUUUCACUGGCCGGGCAACCCAACAUAGCUGAAUCAGCAACAAAUUUUGAUAUGCCUGAGAUCGAAGUAGAUAACUUGUUGUCCACUGACCAACAAAAUACAGUAGAUGAGGGCGAAUUCGAUCAACAAAGUGAGGUAAAAACCAUUACUGUAACCAGAUGUGAAAUGAAACCAGAGUGCAGCCAGAAUGUAGGUAAAACUAAAAACAAAAACCAAUCGAAAAACUUAAAAUACACAUCAGAGGCAGCCCUAAAUUACCAAAAAUCCUUACAAGAAAAAAAUAUGAUAAAGAAAAAUUAUUAUGAAAAAAAAAUUGAAUUGCUGGAGAGAUUAGCCGUCGCUAAAGAAAGAAGCGCAGAUGCUAAAGAACUUGCUGCAGCUGCCUUACAAAAUAUAUCAGAAAAACUGGAUGAGUUAUUUUAAUUUUUAAUUAUGAUUUUGU